AACCAUUUAAUGAGGACAAUGGGAAAACAAAUCUUCAUCAAUAUUUGCAAGAUACCACUUCUUCUUCUAUUUCUGUACAUGUUCAUCUGUUCACUGGACAUCCUCAGCUCAGCCUUUCAGUUAGCUGGAGGUAAGGUUGCAGGGGACAUAUUUAAGGACAACGCUGUCCUCUCUAACCCUGUGGCGGGACUGGUGGUGGGAAUACUGGUUACUGUCCUGGUCCAAAGUUCCAGCACUUCCACCUCCAUUGUUGUCAGUCUGGUCUCUUCCGGAUUGUUGGAUGUUGGAUCCGCCAUUCCUAUCAUCAUGGGCUCAAACAUAGGCACAUCUGUCACUAACACCAUCGUGGCUCUGAUGCAGGCAGGGGAGAGAGAGGAGUUCAAACGAGCCUUUGCGGGUGCCACAGUGCACGAUUGCUUUAACUGGCUGUCAGUGUUGGUGUUGCUGCCACUGGAAGCCAUCACUGGCAUGAUGAGGCUCACGUCGGGGGCGGUGGUUGAAAGUUUCAACCUCGUGACUGGAGAGAAUGGUCCAGAGCUCCUGAAAGUCAUCACAGAACCCCUCACGAAACGUAUUAUACAGCUGGAUAAGACAGUAAUCGUAGGUAUAGCAACAGGGCAAGAGGUGCUACGCAAUAGGAGCCUGAUAAAAGUCUGGUGCCAGACACGGAUCAUGAUCCAAGAAAAUUUUUCUAUAGUGCCUUCAGAAAACUCAACAGUGCAAAAUGCUGAAAAAUGCACUCAUCUUUUUGUCGAGACGGGUUUGUCUGAUCUGUCUGUGGGGUUGAUUCUGCUGGCUUCUUCUCUGCUGGUGCUUUGCACCUGCCUUCUGCUGCUGGUUAAGUUUCUCAACUCCCUUCUCCAGGGACAAGUAGCCAAAGCUAUCCAGAAAAUCAUCAACUCAGACUUUCCUUUCCCGUUCGGCUGGUUGACUGGCUACCUGGCUAUUCUGGUUGGUGCUGGCAUGACCUUUGUUGUUCAGAGCAGCUCAGUGUUCACUUCUGCCAUCACUCCUUUGAUAGGCAUUGGUGUGAUAAGUAUUGAGCGGGCCUACCCUCUGACCUUGGGCUCCAAUAUCGGAACAACCACUACAGCCAUCUUAGCCGCAUUAGCUAGCCCAGGAGACAAGCUCGCUGCGGCCUUUCAGGUUGCUCUGUGUCAUUUCAUCUUCAAUGUUCUGGGCAUAUUACUUUGGUACCCAGUUCCUCUUAGCCGUCUCCCCAUCCGCAUGGCAAGAUUUUUGGGUGAGAGGACAGCAAAAUACCGGUGGUUUGCUGUGCUGUACCUGAUUCUUUGCUUCCUCCUUCUGCCAUCCAUUGUCUUUGCACUCUCAAUGGCUGGAUGGCAGGUUGUGGUGGGUAUCUGUGUUCCAUGUGUUGCUGUUCUCCUCUGCAUUGUUGUUGUGAAUAGACUGCAAUUACAAAACCCUCACCUCCUGCCUUGGUGGCUGCAAACCUGGGACCACCUGCCUCUCUGGAUGCACUCACUCAAACCAAUGGAUAAAAUCAUCACAAGAGUCACAUUGUGCUGCAGGAAAACCCGGAACAAUAAUCAGAGCCACACGUCUCUUGAGGAUCUUCCACAGCUGACAGAAUGUGAAGCUGAGAAAAAUCUUGCACCUUUAUCACAAAAUGGUCCAUCUUUCAUUUAUAGUUAUGAGACCGAGACUGGGGCUGUUUUUGACUCACUGAAUGGCAAAAGCAGUAGGCUGUAGACAAUAUAUGUGACCCUGGACCACAAAAUCAGUCUUAAAAGGUUAGUUCAUCCAAAACCCAAAAUUAGGCUGUGUUUUACUCACCGCCGAGGUAUCCAAGGUGUAUAUGACUUUCUUCUUUUAGACGAAUCCAGUCAGAUUUGAAUCACAAAUUGUCUUUGAUGUUUCAAGCUCUAUCAUUGCAGUCAGCGGGUGUUGCAUUUCUUCAGACCAAAAAAAGUUAAAUAAAAACCGCCCAUCCAUUAAAAAAAGUCUCAGCCGCCCUCAUACGUCGUCCACCUGCAACUGCUUCCGUUUACAACAGUGAGCGCAAACUAGAUUAUUACAUUUUGAAUAUGGAA